AUGCGUAACGCAGUAUUCGCCCAGUUUCUCCUUCAGCUCUGCUUCGCGCUUUUGGCUGUCGCCGCGCCGGCAUCCGAUCCCGCUGUUGGCACAGCAGCUCACGGCAAUACCUGGCAGUAUGGCACUGGUGGUGGCAUCCUCGGAUUCAUAGUCCUUGUACUGGAUAUUAUCGUGUUCCGUGAGUCUCCCUCAAAACAGCGUCCUCGACGGCCAAAUACUCCGUUGUUUGCAUACAGCUAUGUUGUCUUUGCUAACAGUUCCGUCCGCUUAGUUGAGGUUCUUAAGUCUGAUCGACCCGUCAGUCACAAGGUGCUCUGGUGCCUCGUCGUCUUCCUUUUCCCCAUCGUCGGCAUGGUCAUCUACUGGCUGUUCUCGAACCGCGCUGCCCACAACUCUCGCUCUGGAUAUGAGGCGGUCGCAUAA